AGCACAGUAGACCGGGUUGGUGGUUGUUCAGAGGGAGUGGGAUAAUUCAGGCAUUGGAGGAGUGAAGGCAGAGUUCAUUUCCAGAUUCUGGCUGCACCCUGUCAUCACAUAGGACAGCUAACCUGAGGAGCAAGAGGCCAGCACUGGGAGAGAGGUGCCGUGUGUCUACACAUUUUACCAUACUUUUGGGUACCAAAAGUCUGCGCAAGAACAGUAAAUCAACCAAAAUUCAGAGAAGUGAGAACAUUUUGCCGGUUCUCACGUGUAAAAAGGCUAUUUUAGGCUUAGGAGUUAGGUUUAGGGUUAGAGUAAGGGUUUAGGGAAAAUGAUGUUGAAUGGGAAUCCAUUCCCUUUCUAAUGGAGCCUCCGGCAUGUAGUAGUUAACUACGGUUUGGUGUAAAAACCCUAGAACAGGUAGGCCUACUCUGUUUAAAUUGAGUGGACUGGAACCAGACGGCAUCAGCCUAAAGUGGAUCCUUGGCAUCGAUAAGGAUCCUCUUCUCAUCUCCUAAUAAUAAUAAUAAUCCUAAUAAUAAUAAUAAUCUCCUCUCAGGUUCUACCUGACACCCUGACCUUUAACCCCUGACCCCCCCAUCCAAUAUGGGUCUCCAAUCAGAGCUCCACUCCCUGCUCCUCCUCCCCCUCCACCUCCUGGUGUGGCUGUACUCCCUCCUUUCCUUCCUGCCCUGGUACUACCUCACCGGGGCUGGGGAGAAGAGAACGCAGGCCACACGGGUCAAGGCUCGCUCCACCUCCGGCCACUCCGAGGGGCCGUACCGCUGUGUAGACCGCUUCCAGAGCUUGGCCACAGAAGACUUCCCUGGGAAAGACACGCUGGACAAACUGUUCCAACAAGCCGUGCAGCGCUUUGGGGACUCUGACUGUCUAGGGACAAGAGAGGUACUGAGUGAGGAGAAUGAGCCCCAGCCCAGCGGAAAGGUCUUUAAGAAGCUGAUUCUGGGAGAGUACCGCUGGCUGUCCUACCAGCAGGUAGACUCUGUAGUGAAUUACAUGGGCAGUGGGUUGGCAGCACUGGGCCAGCAGCCUAAGAGUAUGGUUGCCAUCUUCUGUGAGACCAGAGCUGAGUGGAUGAUCUCUGCUCAGGCCUGCUUCAGACACAACUUCCCAUUGGUGACGUUCUAUGCGACACUGGGAGAGGAGGCGGUGGUGUUUGGACUGAACGAGACGGGAGUCACACACCUCAUUACCAGCACAGAACUACUGGAGACCACACUGAAGGGUGUUCUCGCUCAGAUCCCCAAGCUGAAACACAUAAUCUCUGUAGACCAGAGGAGGGUCAGUACAGAGGGAUACCCACCUGGUCUCACCAUCCACAGCAUGGCAUCAGUACAGGAGCUGGGGGCACAGCCUGACAACCUGGCUAGGCCGGUGGUGAGUCCUCAGCCAUCAGACCUGGCUGUAGUGAUGUACACCAGUGGUUCUACAGGCAGACCCAAAGGAGUCAUGGUCGUCCACAGCAACAUCACUGCUGGAAUGACCGGACAGUGUGAACGCAUCCCUGGCCUGGGUCCUAAAGACACCUAUAUAGCCUACCUCCCUCUGGCCCAUGUGUUGGAAAUGACAGCAGAAAUCUCCUGCAUGGCGUACGGCUGUCCCAUCGGUUACUCCUCCCCUCAGACACUCUCUGACCAGUCCACUAAGAUAAAGAGGGGAAGUAGAGGAGACUGCUCUGUGCUGAAACCAACUCUGAUGGCUGCUGUACCGGAAAUCCUGGACCGCAUCAAUAAGAACGUGAUGAGUAAGGUUGGGGACAUGAGUUACAUUCAGAGGACGCUGUUCAACCUGGGAUACAACUACAAACUGGAGCAGGUCAAGAGGGGCUACGAUGCUCCUCUCUGCAACGCGCUGCUGUUCAGUAAGGUGAGGAGGCUGCUGGGCGGCAGGGUGAGGCUGAUGUUGUCUGGAGGGGCUCCUCUUUCCUCCGCCACACAGAGGUUUAUGAACAUAUGUUUCUGCUGUCCUGUGGGCCAGGGGUACGGACUGACUGAAACCUGUGGAGCUGGCACCAUCACAGAGGUGGCAGACAAAAGUACAGGUAGAGUCGGAGCUCCUGUCAUCUGCUGUGAGAUCCGACUCAGGGACUGGCUGGAGGGAGGCUACACCAAUCAGGACAAGCCUCACCCCCGAGGGGAGAUUCUGAUUGGAGGGCCUAACAUCACUAUGGGUUACUAUAGGAACGAGAGUAACAACCAGGACUUCUUUGUGGACGAGAAGGGUCAGAGGUGGUUCUGUACAGGAGACAUAGGAGAGAUCCACCCUGACGGAUGUCUACAGAUAGUGGACCGUAAGAAGGACCUAGUGAAGCUCCAGGCUGGGGAAUACGUCUCUCUGGGGAAAGUAGAAGCUGCUCUGAAGAACUGCUCCCUCAUCGACAACAUCUGUGCUUACGCUAACAGUGAGCAGAACUAUGUGAUCAGUGUUGUGGUACCCAACCAGAAGAGGUUGACUGAGCUGGCCAGACAGAGGGGAGUGGAGGGGAGCUGGGAGGAGGUGUGCACCCACCCUGCCAUGGAGAAGGAGGUGCUGAAAGAGAUCAAGGAGGUGGCCACUUCAAUUAACCUCCAGAGGUUUGAGAUCCCAGUGAAGGUCCACCUCAGCCCAGAGCCCUGGACCCCUGAGACAGGCCUGGUGACUGAUGCCUUCAAGCUGAAGAGGAAAGAGUUAAAGAACCACUAUCUUCAGCACAUAGAGAGGAUGUAUGGGAGACAGUAAUGUAAUGACCUAAAACUUCACCUAAUGCCAAUAGGGCUCUUGUCAAAAGUAGUGCACUAUGUAGGGAAUAGGGUUCCAUUUUGGGGCGCAGACCUUGAGAGAUUCAUGGUGUGCAGGCUUUCGCUCAGCCCUGCUCUAACCCAUUUGAUUCAGCUAAUCAAGGUCUUGGUUACAGGUAGCCAAUUAGUUGAAUUUUGUGUUAGAUAGAGCAGGGUUGGAGCAAAAGCAUACACACAGUGUAUCUGUUCAGGAGGAGGGUUGGCUAACCCUUGACCUAAGCCAAAGUCGCCAACAUUCCACUGUUAGUUUAUAUAGCCUCAGUCCGUGCCAGUCAUGUUUCUGCUUCAGCUGACUUGUCGGCAUCUUGUGGUACCCUAUUCCCUAUGUAGUGCACUACAUUUGACCAGAGCCCUAUGUGCCCUGGUCAAAAGUAGUGCACUGCAAAGGGAAUAGGGUGUAAUUUGGGACGGCGAUGAUGAGAAACCAUUCGGUACCCAGGCUACUGUUCUUGGUGUGUAUAUAAAGAAUAUCCCUAUUAGCCAGUUAUUUGUGCUAAUAAUGUACUUGUAAAAAACAUUGCACUCAAGCACGUCCAGUUCUGACCUCCAUCGUUGUCAUUAGGAAAAGACACUGAUGAGUCUGAACUGUAGAUGGGAAAUUUAUUUAUUGGGAAAUCAAACUUGAAGCUGAUCCAGCGUUAUAGAAGUGUAUGUUUCUAGAAAAGUCCUCUCACUAACAAACAAAUGGAACAUUGAGGAAAUGGAACCAUUCCAAGUCAUUGCUUACCUGCCAUUCCACCUAAGCUCUUUGUACCCGAUUUGUAACUGAUGUAUUUUUUAAUAUCUAUGUAGUCUUUCUCUCUGUGGGUUCUGUAAAGACGUUGUUGCUCAUCAGAUUUGGCCAAUGUAUGUAUGUGUAUAUAUAUAUACACACAUCUCUCUACCUAUAUAUCAUGUUAUGUAGUUGAGAAUGUUCUGCUGCCCUAUAGUGGUAAGAUGGCAGUAGCGACAUUACUGUGCCUUCCCGUGCUCUCACUUCCCAGUGUCUUAAGUUUUGGUUAUAUUUAUUUAGAAUCAUGUUACGUCCAUCCAUUGCUUUAGAAAAGCCAAUGUAUAUUUUAAGACUAAAUAAGCAUUCAGACUUGAACAAUUCGGUUUAUUUUAUUUUUUGUACAUUCUAUUCCUAUCAAAUAUGUUAUUUGGUUGUAUCGCUUUGCAUAUGUCACACCAAAUGUGUCACUCAGGAAACUUAAAAUAGCAGAUAUUUAAUAUAUUAUUUGGCCAGGAGUAUAGACCACAUGGGCAAUAGCAAUAGAUGUCUUUACCUGAAUACUCAAAGUAAUGUUAUGAGGAUAGUAAGAUAUUUUCACGUUAUGUCACAACAGUAAGCAGGUCUGUAAUUAACAUUUGAGAGUCCAGUCCACUUCUUUCUCCAAAUACUUUCCGUCUUUGUUUGAAAAAUUGUUAUUUAUUCCAUUCUGGGGGUCACAUGCUUUUGGGGACAUUGGUGAAUAAAAAUGUUUUGUAUUUGA